GGAGGCAGUUACCAACGAGAUAAAGAAACUGGCCAACAAUGCUCGCAACAAACUCAAAAGCAUUGAGCAGAGUUUGGCAGCUAACACAGAGGAGAGAAUUUCGGCAGACGUACGAAUAAAGAAAUCCCAGCAUGCCAUUCUUGCUAAGAAGUUUGUGGAGGUGAUGACCAAAUACAAUGAAGCACAACUGGAGUUUCGAGAGAAGAGCAAAGGACGUAUCCAGAGACAGCUAGAGAUAACUGGCAAAACCACUACUGAUGAGGAACUGGAAGAAAUGCUGGAUGGAGGGAAUGCUGCAGUGUUCACAGCAGGGAUAAUGGACUCUGGGAUUUCAAAGCAGGCCCUAAGUGAGAUUGAGGCACGACACAAAGAUAUAAUGCGACUUGAGAGCAGCAUAAAGGAGUUGCAUGACAUGUUUGUGGACAUUGCAGUGCUUGUAGAGAAUCAGGGAAGCAUGAUAGACAGGAUUGAGAGUAACAUGGACCAAUCGGUGGGCUUUGUGGAAAGAGCGGUAGCUGACACUAAAAAGGCUGCCAAGUUCCAACAGGAAGCACGCAGGAAAAAGAUGAUGAUCAUAGUGUGUUGCACAAUUCUUGCGGUCAUCUGUGGUUCUCUGGUGUAUAGCUGGCUGACAUAAGCUUUCUGCAAGGUGAAGAAGCUGUGAUCAAUCAGAAGAAGCAUCUUAGUGCCGAUGAGACAUGUUUACUGUGCUUCUUUUUCCCCGAUUCCGGAAAUAUAUAUACUUUUUGUUCAUUCUUUCUUCAAUUUAACUGGCCUUGCACUUUUAGAUGCAUUAUAGUAAAAUGUGACGUACUAGCUACCUUGUAUUAUAUAUAAAGUUCUGUUGUGAAUGUAUUUUAUUUACAGUCAACUUGUUUCAGGAAAAUUUUAUUAUUUUGUGUAUUCAGAUAAAACAUACAUAAGAGGAUGAUUAUUUAAUUUUAGAUGCCUAAUUUUUGUAACUGACAAGGGGACCCUAGACUUUUAAUGUUUUGUGUGCACAUUCUUAUUUGCAAAAAUAUAAUGUUUAGAGGAUAAUAGGGAUCCCUUCGUUAUUUAUCAUUUGUUUAUAUACCACUGUGGAGUAGCACAUAGUUGAUUGUAUUUCCAAAGUUUUUACUUGUGUAAGUGAUAUGUAUAGUAUUGCAUAUUUUUUAAAGUAAUUAAAUUUAUAUAGGCCUGUGAGAACAUGUGAUUAAAAGACUGAAAUCAAAUUAAGUAAACUU